GAGAAAUUUCUGCUUCAAGGCAGCUGAGCAGCAGGCAGGCAGGCAGGCACUCGUCGCAGGGAUGUCCAGGUCGGAAAGUCGCUGCUGGCUGGCUGGCUGCCAGGGUCGUCCAGCCAAAUUGCCACCCAAAUAAAGCACAACGGCAGCCGACUUCCGACUUCGACCUCCCUCGCUCCCACCACCCUUCCUCAUCCACCCAACGACGACCACCACCAUGACCUCGCUCGUGGCCAAGUCGCCCGCGCUCCUCGCGAUCCAGCGCGAAAAGCCGCCCAGUCUCGCGGGGUCGACGGCGAGCCUGUCGGCGCGCGAACUGAUCGAGGACGCCGAGGAGCAGCCGACCGUGCUCGUCCCGCAGCCGCUGUACACCUUCCUCACGAGCGCCGACCACACCGUGACGGCGUGCUUGGCCAACUCGACCAUCGACUCGCCCGUACGCGUGAUCGCCGAGCACCUCUUCGGGCUCGGCUACGGCGCGUUCAAGCAGUGGACGCAGGAGGAAAAGGCCAUGGCCCCGCCCAGUGCGGCGCCGACCCCCAAGGGUGUCCGCGCAUGGCUGCACAAGCUGAGCCUCAAGCCCAAGCGCACCACCCAGCUCAAGGAGCAUGUUGAAGCGGGCGGCGGCGCGACGUCCGCCGAGUCGGACAGCGACGUCGAGCAGGUCGUAGACGACCAUUACAGCGCUAUUGAGAGGCUCAACCCUGACCAGCUGGCUGAAGUCAAGCGCUGUGGGCAGUGGCGCGGCGCCGAGCCAAGCGAGACGUUCUUGAAUAUCUACGCCCAGGCUAUCCUCACGCUGGAGAAGAAUGUCCUCAAUGGGCUCGUGUCUCCCCCGCUUAUGGGCUCGUCCGCCGUCGCCCCCCUCACGCUCAUCUCGCACACGACCGACAUUGUGCAGCACUAUGCCGACAUUAUCGUCGACGCCGAGCACGAAAUCUUCUUCACGACGAAUGUGUGGGAGGCGAGCCGGUCGGCUGCGGCGAUUAAAGACGCGCUGAUUGAGCUUUCGCGGCGGACGGUCGAGCGGGGCGGCGACAAGGUCGUCGUCAAGAUCAUGUACGACCGUGGUGUCGCUCCCGCCGACGGCCGCGUGCACCAGAUCGUCGACCCCAAGGUCUACUCGUCGCCACUGGUCGGCCUGCCGACGCCCGAAGAGAUCCCAGGCCUCGAGCUCGAGGUGCAAAACUACCACAUCCCCCCAGUGGGCACGUUCCACCAGAAGUGCCUGGUUAUUGACAGGCGAAUCGCGUCGCUGUCCUCCAACAACAUCCAGGAGCGCUCCGACGUCGGGUUCAUGGUGCAGCUGGAAGGGCCCGUAGUGCAGAGCAUCUACGACACGGCGAUCCUGUCCUGGUGGACGUCCUUCCACCCGCCCCUGCCACUGCUCGGCAAGGCGCCGGAAUACCCCAAGACGCUCGACGCCAGUUUUUUCAAGUUUGGCAACGACCUUCCCGCCAUGAGCGGCAAGGAGGACGCCGAGGUCAUGGCUGAGCGCACGCGCCAGCGACUGGCCAAGCUCAACGCUGUCGGCAAGAAGCUCGACAGCGAGGCGUCGACGCCAGCCGUGCCCGGCACGCCGGUCGUCGAGACGACCGAGGGGGCGGCCGUGUCGCCUGCACCAGCGACGCCAACGACGACGGACGAAGCCGCGCCGCCGACCCCGUCGUCGAGCGACGAGUCGACCCCCACAGCCGCCGCCUCCGCCGCCGCCGCGCGCGCGUUCAACCCCAUCAUCCUGCACGCGCCGCACGCGCCGUUCCCCGUCGCCAUGAUCAACCGCACGCCGCGCGCCCUCAGGGGCCAGGGAGACGGGUACGUGCCGCAGAACCUGGCGUGGCUCGCCGCCAUCAAGUUUGCCCAGACGAGCGUCUUCAUCCAGAGCCCGACGUUUAGUGCCAAGCCGAUCGUGUCGGCCGCGCUUGACGCCGUGCGCCGCGGUGUGCUCGUCGAGAUCUACGCCGACCUCGAGUUCAACGACGACGGCGAGAUUUCCGCCGACGGCCUCGCGAACCGCAACGUCGCGAGCUUCAUGUUCUCCCAGCUCGCGGACAAGGACAAGGACAACCUCCGGAUUUACUGGUACACUGCCAAGGACCAGCGCACGCCGCUCACCGCGCGCCACACGUGCCACAUCAAGCUCAUGAUCGUCGACGGCAACAUCGCAAUCACGGGCAACGGCAAUGUCAACCACCAGAGCUGGUUCCACUCGCAGGAACUCAACAUCCUCGUCGACUCGCCCCAGCUCUGCACCGACUGGCGCGCAGGCAUCGACUCGAACCAGAACACGCGCCUCUACGGCCGCGUCCAGCCAGACGGCGUGUGGCGUGAUGCUGCAGGCAAAGAGCUCCCCACGCGCGCCAGCACGCCCGCGUUGCCUGUACCAGCGUCGUCGAGCUCGACUGCCUCGCCCGCGCCGUCGUCGACAGGCAAGCUCCUCCCAUAGUGAAGUCUCCUUUUGGGCUCGCGCUCUAUAAUUGUACCACUACAAAGCACAACCACAAACUAACCCAUAAUGCAUGGCAUGCACAGUCAAGAGA